GAGAAGGACAGGUCUCCACAUCUCCAGACGGUCCGACCGCGCACACAAUCCAACUUUACGCAGGAGGGAGGGCGGCCCGGCGGCGCUUGCUUGUACGCUAAAGGCUGAAAGUACUCUGACCAUGUCACGGUAAUUGGUGAAGCUCUGUCGUUACGAAAAGAUCAAGGGGACUAAGUGUCGCGUCCAACCCGGACUGUGCGCAGCUUUAAUAUUUAGAGGUCGUCCAACUCAACUUUUAGAAAAUAAACAAGAUCGUUCGCCAACAGCGUUCAGUUAUCUCGUACGCGCAGUCAUGUCACUGAAGUUCAGCCAAGAGCAGGAGACGCAUCGGCGAUGUCGUCCGGUGUUGUAAAGAAAGUUAAAGUUUAGCUCAAAUCUCAGAGUUCGACAGUCUGGAGACAGAGCUGCAGAAAAUUCAAAGAGAAAGUCAAGAAAAAACAUUUGGGGCACUCGGAGGUGUGUUUGUGCCACCUCCCACCCAGGUGUCCCGCCGAGCGGUGCGCAACCUCCAGCUCAGGCCGGCUCUGCUGACAUGCUGCCCAAAGUCGACACUGAAUCCUUGGGACUCUCUCGAUCGUAUGGGGAACAGAGGCACAUGCCAAGGAACAUGCAAGCCCCCCAAUUAAAAAUGAUGGACUACUCCUAUGACGAAGACCUGGACGAGAUGUGUCCCGUGUGCGGAGACAAGGUUUCAGGGUAUCACUACGGACUCCUGACCUGCGAAAGCUGCAAGGGCUUCUUCAAGCGCACCGUCCAGAACAACAAGCGUUACACUUGUAUAGAGAACCAGAGCUGCCAGAUUGACAAGACCCAGAGAAAGCGCUGCCCGUACUGUCGCUUUCAAAAGUGCCUCACAGUCGGCAUGAAACUAGAAGCUGUGCGGGCAGAUCGCAUGCGUGGCGGUCGCAACAAGUUUGGCCCCAUGUACAAACGUGACCGUGCCCUCAAGCAGCAGAAGAAGGCGCUGAUCCGAGCAAACGGCCUAAAGAUCGAGGCCAUGAGCCAGGUGAUGCAGGCCGUGCCCACUGACCUCACCAUCUCCUCGGCCAUUCAGAACAUCCACUCUGCAGCCUCCAAGGGCCUCCCACUGACCCACCAUUCCGGCCACCACAGCAGUCACCACCACCAUCACCAUCAUGCCACCGCCCUUCCCCCAACAGACUACGACCGUAGCCCGUUUGUCACUUCACCGGUCAGCAUGGCAAUGCCGCCGCACGCUGGCAGCCUGCAAGGUUAUCAGGCGGCCUACGGACACUUUCAGAGCACGCGCACCAUCAAGUCAGAGUAUCCAGACCCGUACACCAGCUCCCCAGAGUCCAUCAUGGGCUAUGCUUAUGUUGACGCCUACCAGUCAGGUUCUCCACCCAGCUUUCCACAUCUGAUUGUAGAGCUGCUAAAGUGCGAGCCGGACGAGCCGCAGGUCCAGGCAAAGAUCCUGGCGUAUCUACAGCAGGAGCAGGCCAGCCGAGGCAAACACGAGAAGCUCAACACGUUUGGCCUGAUGUGCAAGAUGGCCGAUCAAACACUCUUCUCCAUUGUAGAAUGGGCGCGCAGCAGCAUAUUCUUCCGUGAACUCAAGGUGGACGACCAGAUGAAGCUGCUGCAGAACUGUUGGAGUGAGCUCCUCAUCCUCGACCAUGUUUUCCGGCAGGUGGUGCAUGCAAAGGAGGGCUCCAUACUGUUAGUGACAGGCCAGCAGGUGGAUUUUGGGGUUAUAGCUUCACAGGCAGGAGCCACCCUCAACAAUCUGUUGAGCCACGCACAAGAGUUAGUAGCAAAGCUCCGCUCCCUGCAGCUGGACCAACGGGAGUUUGUAUGCCUCAAGUUUCUGGUCCUCUUCAGCUUGGAUGUAAAGAACCUGGAGAACUUUCACUUGGUAGAAAGCGUCCAGGAGCAAGUGAACGCUGCACUGCUGGACUACGUCAUGUGCAACUACCCGCAGCAAACGGACAAGUUUGGCCAGCUGCUCCUGCGGCUACCAGAGAUCAGAGCCAUCAGCCUGCAGGCUGAAGAAUACCUUUACUACAAACAUCUGAACGGCGAUGUGCCCUGCAACAACUUGCUGAUUGAAAUGUUGCACGCUAAAAGAGCUUAAACGGGAAAAGCCCUCAAAUUUCACUUCAGCUUCAAGGACGUUCGGAGAGUAUUUCCCACCCAUUUAUCCAACACAACUCUUUCACCGAACCAAAACUUCAACUCACACAUGACUAUGAGAAAACCCUGACUUUGGAGUGUCCAGAAUUCCUCAUUUUGAUGAUGAAACAACUUGAGGUGCAGAUUUGGAGACUGCUAUUAUCUAGAAACUCAUCAUAACUGUCAACAAGAAUAGUUGCUUCUUACCCAGCCUCAGAAAAAGGGAAUUUUGAAGCAAACUGCAUUGACACAUAAAACAAUCUGCACAAUCCAGACUAAAAGAUCGCCUUGCUUCAACUGUAAAGGGAUUUUCUGUGCUGAUAAGGGAAGCCAAAUAACACUGCCCAUCCUCGAGACACCUUUGUAACUACAGGUGGGCCGUCUUCAUGUGUGUCGUGUCCCACUGAAACUGAAAGUCGGCUGUUGUCGGUACUGUAAAUUAAAACGGACCUGCAGGCAAACAGGCAAGAAACUCUUA